AUGUUUGUGCGGAGGAUGAGACCCACCCCAGGGCCCCUAAAAUGCUGUGCUAUCACUGGUCUCCAUGGGCCCCAUUUCAUCCUAGCUCCCAAAAGAGCCACCUGGCUCCUGAACCCACCCAGAAAUAUCUGUGACCUUCAGGCCAAUCUCCGAGCAUAUGAUGUCUGUGGUGCAAUAUAGCAUCACUGCGCUGUGGGACCCCUCCCAGGAUGAGAUGCAUUAUUAGCUGAGCUGUGGCAGAGGAGGGGUUAAAUCGAUUGGUUUUCUGUGUCCCUCGUGGGUAGCUAAUGCUCCAGGCGUGUCCUCAGUGUGCAUAAGGCGUCGGUUUGCAUGAUAUAACAAUAGUGCUCCAAGCCUUUAUAUACAAAAUACCUGCAAAGCACAACAGUCUACUUCCUCUCCCUGAAGAACCACAGCCCUCUAUAUGCCCUGCUGAGCACCUUCGCUCAUACAAGGUUGCAGAGCCUUUUGCAUUGCAGAGAUUUCUUCCUCUCCUGUAACCUUGCAGAGCUCCAAGCUCCCCUCCUCACUUUUCUUGCACUGCAGAGCUUUUUCUUCCUCCAUCGUUUUGUACAGCAGAGCUUUCCCAAAAGCUAACGCACAGUUUCCUGUCUUGUUCCACAGAAAGCAGCAUCAUGCCUCACGAAUACCCUGCACUGACCCCUGAGCAGAAGAAGGAGCUCAAUGAAAUCGCAAAGCGUAUUGUUGCCCCUGGGAAGGGUAUCCUCGCAGCCGAUGAGUCCACAGGUGAGUGUGAGGGUCACUAUAUGUACUAUCUGGAUGUGCCAUAGUGGAUGGAGGGGGGACUGCAUGGUUUGUAUAAUGGCUCUCUGGGACUGGAUCUAUGCUAUGGGGAGGGGGCAUUCUGAUCUGGGUGAAGCUGUGAGUGGGCCUGUGCUGCAGGAGGACAGUCUGAUUUUUGGUAAUGGAGUGUUUGUGAGUAGAUCAGUGAUGGGAGGAGGACAGUCUGGUUUUGGUAACGGGGUGGCUGUAAAUAGGUCAGUGAUGUGGGGAGGAGGACAGUCUGAUUUUAGUAAUGGGUGGGUAAGUGAUGUGGGGAGGUGGACAGUCUUGUUUGGGUAAGGGGUGGUUGAGCGUGGGUCAGUGCUUUAGGGAGGAGGAUAGUCUGGUUUGGGUAAGGGGUGGUUGAGAGUAGGUCAGUAAUGUGCUGAGGAGGACCGUCUGAUUUUGGUAAUGGGGUGGCUGAGAGUAGAUCAGUGCUUUGGGGAGGAGGACAGUCUGGUUUGGGUAAGGGGUAGUUGAGAGUAGGUCAGUGAUGUGCUGAGGAGGACCAUCUGAUUUUGGUAAUGGGGUGGCUGAGAGUAGAUCAGUGCUGUGGGGAGGAGGACAGUCUGGUUUGGGUAAGGGGUGGUUAAGCGUGGGACAGUGCUGUAGGGAGAAGGAUAGACUGGUUUGGGUAAGGGGGGGUUGAGCGUGGGUCAGUGCUGUAGGGAGGAGGAUAGUCUGGUUUGGGUAAGGGGAAGUUGAGAGUAGGUCAAUGAUGUGCGGAGGAGGACCGUCUGAUUUUGGUAAUGGGGUGGCUGGGAGUAGAUCAGUGCUUUGGGGAGGAGGACAGUCUGAUUUUGGUAAUGGGGUGGCUGAGAGUAGACCAGUGCUGUAGGGAGGAGGAUAGUCUGGUUUGGGUAAGGGGUGGUUGAGAGUAGGUAAGUGAUGUGCUGAGGAGGACCAUCUGAUUUUGGUAAUGGGGUGGCUGGGAGUGGGUCAGGGCUGUGGGGAGGAGGAGAGUCUGGUUUGGGUAAGGGGUGGUUGAGCGUGGGUCAGUGCUGUAGGGAGGAGGAUAGUCUGGUUUGGGUAAGGGGUGGUUGAGAGUAGGUAAGUGAUGUGCUGAGGAGGACCAUCUGAUUUUGGUAAUGGGGUGGCUGGGAGUGGGUCAGGGCUGUGGGGAGGAGGAGAGUCUGGUUUGGGUAAGGGGUGGUUGAGCGUGGGUCAGUGCUGUAGGGAGGAGGAUAGUCUGGUUUGGGUAAGGGGUGGUUGAGAGUAGGUAAGUGAUGUGCUGAGGAGGACCGUCUGAUUUUGGUAAUGGGGUGACUGGGAGUGGGUCAGUGCUGUGGGGAGGAGGAGAGUCUGGUUUGGGUAAGGGGUGGUUGAGCGUGGGUCAGUGCUGUGGGGAGGAGGACCGUCUGGUUUGGGUAAGGGGUGGUUGAGAGUAGGUCAGUUAUGUGCGGAGGAGGACAGUCUGGUUUUGGUAACGGGGUGGCUGUAAAUAGGUGGGUCAGUGCUGUAGGGAGGACUGCCUGGUUUAGGUAAGUGUAUUGUGUGUAGCUGUGGGGUUUAUUAACUAAACACCAGAUUGCAAUGAUUCCGAAAACAGAAUUACAAGAUUGAAGCUAAUUUAACUGAUUUGGAAAAAUGUUUCCUCUCGGCUAUAAUCACAGCUUUGCUAUGUUAGUUUUAGUGAAUUGAAUUACCCCUGUGUAGUGUUUCUCAGUCUAUAUUAAUGUAACUAGGGCCUGACUAACCAUGGCAACAUAAACAGAAGCAGCCAUUUUGAAAUACAGGUGCAUUCUGGGAUUUUCUCAUGCAUUAUUUAUAUGCAAUCGUUGUAAGGGAAUUGUGGUCACGAUGAGAAAAAAAACCUCAAUAUAUCAACCACCAGAAACAAACUUGAUACCAGUCACAUUGGCAACGUGGAAAAAAAAUAUACACAUAUUGUCAAGAAUGUAGUGUUUAAACGUUAUUUUAUCCUGCGUCCCUUUGUGUUUUGGGAUGUCCAUUGGAUGGCUAAAAUAUUAUUUUUAUGUAUUAUAAAAACAAUUUUGGUGCCACGUUUUGGCGCCUUGCCACUUUGUACAGACCUUAGUUAGUAUGUUUUUAAUGGUUUCCUUGAACCCGCCAUGUUUUUCCUCAUCAGGAAGUAUCGCCAAGCGUCUGAGUUCUAUUGGAGUGGAAAACACAGAGGAGAACCGCCGUUUCUACCGCCAGAUUCUCUUCACAGCUGACAACAGGGUAAAUCCCUGCAUUGGGGGUGUCAUCACUUUCCACGAGACCCUCUACCACAAAGCCGAUGAUGGCACACUUUUCACCAAGGUCAUCAAGGACAAAGGUGCUGUUGUGGGCAUCAAGGUAGGAAGAUAGCGAUGGGCAAGUUGAGGGGGGGGAGGGGUGAACAGUUUGGUUUCCUUAAUGUACUUAUUUUAGAGUAAUUCUAUAAUAUUUUCCACCUCCACUACAGGUUGAUAAAGGUGUUGUCCCCCUGGCCGGAACAAAUGGAGAAACUACAACACAAGGUAAGUGAUUGAGAUGAAUGUUUAAUUUUAGAAAUGUCUUGGCAAUGGGUGAAGGUCAGAAGAACUGGGUGAACUUGGUGUAACUCUACGAAGUGAGUUACUAAGCUAUAGGGUCCAGUGAAAGCCUACGGUCACUACCACAAAGAGAAAACAAAGCUUUUUUUUAUUUGGCAGAACUUCCUAUAUUCUAAUUCAUUGCUAUUUUUUCCCCCUGCAGGACUGGACGGUUUGUCAGAGCGUUGCGCCCAAUACAAGAAGGAUGGCGCUGACUUCGCCAAGUGGCGUUGUGUGCUGAAGAUCUCUGACCACACUCCCUCGCAUCUAGCCAUCUUGGAGAAUGCCAAUGUCUUGGCACGCUAUGCCAGCAUUUGCCAACAGGUAAUAACAACCCCAACAUCAGUGGGGCUGUCUGAAGAGGGGAGGGAAUGAAGUGACAAUGUAUUCCAUGGUGGCCCAGUGACUCAUUUAGGCAUGUACAGACACUUAACCAUUGGUUUUAGACCUCUCCUAAGCAUUGUGGUUUUUUUUCUUUCCAAAGAAUGGAAUUGUACCCAUUGUGGAGCCAGAGGUCCUUCCCGAUGGAGAACAUGACCUUAAGAGAUGCCAGUAUGUGACUGAGAAGGUAUGUGACUCUCUGAUUGUGGUCACCAAAUCCUGUGUUGUGUGUUUGCUGUAUACUGAGGGACUAUGUGUAACCAUAGGUCCUGGCUGCUGUGUACAAGGCUCUAAGCGACCACCACGUGUACUUGGAAGGAACCCUUCUGAAACCCAACAUGGUGACCCCUGGUCAUGCCUGCACCAAGAAAUACAAACCUGAAGAAGUUGCCAUGGCCACAGUCACUGCUCUGAGGCGCACCGUGCCCCCAGCUGUUGCUGGUAAGGAGAUGGGAAACAGGACAGUAAUUAUUAAGGGGUUAUUUUUGUAAUGUGAGGUGUGGUCUCCAGAGGAACCAGUUAUGAAGACUUCCUUUGGAGGAGAGCUGAUCAUGUCAUUCUGUUUCUUUAGGUAUCACUUUCCUGUCCGGAGGUCAGAGUGAGGAGGAAGCCACCAUUCAUCUGAAUGCCAUCAACACUUGCCCCCAGGUUAAACCCUGGCCACUGACCUUCUCCUAUGGCCGUGCCCUUCAGGCCUCCGCACUUAAAACCUGGGGUGGCAAGAAGGAAAACGUCAAGAACGCUCAGGAGGAGUACACCAAGCGUGCACUGGUACAAUUACUUACUAUGAGCACAUUCUAUACACUACCACCAUACUGCACGCAACACAUUAUACUCGUGCAGUACUGCCUGUGGCCACUUGGAGACCAUUUGGGGGUUUCUUCACUACAUAGGGAAUUAUAGUGAAUUGAAAAAAAUAUUUUUAAAAAAAAUAGCUGAUUUUGAAUAAUUUUCAAACUCCACUAAAGUGAGAGCUUGGCUGUUUUAGCUCUGCAGCUUGAUAUUCAUGCAGUAUAGCACUGUAAAUGCAGUGUUUACAUUGCUACUUAGUAACACCUCUAGUGACAGUCACUCAGGGCUUCCUAGUUUGUUUCACCUAUGUUCAGCAUCUCCACGCUCUGCACGGACACGCUGAAUGUUCCCCAUAGCAAUACAUUGAUUCAAAGCAUCUCUAUGAGGAGGUGCUGAUUGGCGCAGCGUUUUACUGCGCAUGCACGCUAGCAUCUCAAUCCUUUUCUAUGGGAAACCAUUGGAUGAGAACAUCGAUCAUGAUAGAAGUGGUAGAGGUUUAAGAGUUUAAGCAUGCGUGGAAUAGGCAUAAGGCUAUCCUAACUAUAAGAUAAGGCCAGGGACUAAUUAAAAAAUAUUUAGAAAAUUGGGCAGACUAGAUGCGUCGAAUGGUUCUUAUCUGCCGUCACAUUCUAUGUUUCUAUAAGCUGGGCUAGAUGCGGCGAGCAAGAAAAUAUGUUUAAUUACCCUAUUUCUCCACAGAGAGGGGGCCGUGAACCCUAAAAGAUAGUCCAACACUAUAGUUAGGAAUACAUAUUUGUAUUCCUGACACUAUAUAGUGUUCCUUUAAGUAUCGUUUACAAUUUUUGUUAUUGGACCUGAAUAUAAAUAGGUGCACAAAUACCCUAUAUUUUCAGUUUACUUUAUUGCGCUAUAAUAUCGCGCUGUCCUUUAUUGUAGUAGUCUUACCACCAGCCGCUCUUUGAUUUAAGACGUAACGUUUUACAUUGUCCGAUAUCUCCCUCUGUAAAACAUGUCUGUUAAUUCUGAUCUUUAUUUUUUUUCUCUUUUAGGCAAACAGCCUGGCCUGCCAAGGAAAAUACGUGCCCUCCGGCCAAGCAGGAGCCGCAGCAGGCGAAUCCCUGUUUGUGUCCAACCACGCUUAUUAAUCUGUGUCCCUUCAUACCAUAGUUUGUCACUGUGAUGGCUGCUUCCGUUUAAUGUAGUGUGUGAGGUCCCUCUGCAGAACAAUAAGCCAUUUCCUGCUAACCCUGCAGAGCGUUACUCCGUUAGCUUUCCCCUUGCUGGAGAGAGACAAUGAGUAUUCUUAUCCUCUGAGUAUUCUGGAUGGACCUGCAGAGUGUUAUGAGUUGCGAGUGCGAUGGGUCAGCUUGUGAGGGAGAGUGUGUGCUCACGUUCCUGUGCUUUAGUCCACCUUCUGUACACUUUUCUCAGCUCUGAGUCACCUUUAUUUGUGUCACUGCUGGUUAAAUCUCAAUAAAGCAGAAAACUUCAUGACAGAACUGUGUGUGUGUGUUAAUUCCAUUACUUUGUAUCACCGACCAGGGUAACUCCGACAUCCUCAACUGCAGGAGUAACAAGAACACUUCCAAGGCUAUUUACUAAAUUGCUGGGGAUUCAAAAUACCAAUGUUUAGGUCAGAAUAGACAAAUUGGUGACCACUAGUUGUUUCUGGUUUGCUUAUUUUUUACUUAAUUUUGAAAUUCACUUUGAAUUCCUGAAUAUCCACACUAGUAACUAACCCCCAUAGUACUUUAGGAUACACAGUGGGGUUUGUACACUAAACAGGGGAUUAUGGAGAAUUGAUUAGGAUAUCGAAAAGUUUAGGAAAUGUGCUGGAUCAAUAGCCGAGUCACGAGAAUUUGCAAUUCAAUUGUCAUUUCUCUACAAUACCCAAUUUAGCCAAUAAACAACUAACUUUAAUGAACCUGCCAGUAUUCGAGUUGUGAUUCCCCCGUCCUCCAUGUUUACCAGGCACAUGUAACUUUGCACUGCUCAGAAUUAUAUGGUUGUAUGUAGAAAUCAUAUGCUGCUGGAGUGAAAAUAACUAGUUUCUUGUGAAUAACCUUGUGAAGAAUGAGUUGCUUUCGCCUGGGCAGUGUAUGAAUUCUACAAACUGCUGGGUAGCACUUUUUAUUCACAGCACUGCAGCAUGUUGAAUAAGUGUGUGUCCAGGAAGUCACACUGAUCUGAUACGCAGGGAAUAAUCUGUACGCAUCAUAUCCUAUUUGUAUUCUUGCACAAGUCUGGGUGAGAUUGGGCAUGCUUUGGCAAGCACACUUUAUUAAAUCAGAUAUGAAGACUUGAUGUGAGCCAACGUAAACCUGAUCAUUUCGCCUGGGUUUCUGUACACACCCUCUACAGGAGGUCACCAGCUUCCAUACAGAUUAUUUUUUUGUUCAAUAUUUUACAAAAUGCAAUAAACGAUAUGAUUUCAUUACAUUGUAAUGUGCAGUUGGGUUGUGUAUAUCCUUAUAUAAAAUUACCUAUUAAUAUAUUUAGUGACCUGUUAUAUGGCAGUAUUCAAGGAAAUUCUGCGUUAUACAAACAUUCACAACGAGAAGGUGUUUGAAAAUAUAAACACUGGGAACAUGUUGCAUUGUACACGUUUUAGCUCAUCUUCUAACUGUGUAUUGACAGGAGGUGUCAAAAAACCCAUAAUCCUGAGAAUCUGCCAAUGCCUACUAUGACCCCAUCAUUCACCCAAAAACCCUGAGAAUCUGCCCACUCACUGUGAGACUUCUUGGUAAUCUGUCAACUCACUCUGAGAAUGCACCUGUUCACCAAGACUUGAAAACUCAUUGUGAGAAUCUGACCAUUCAGCAUGAGACUUUGAGAAUCUGUCUAGUCACUCUAAGACCUUGGCAAUAUGUCUAUACAACAUGAGAGUCUGCCCAGUCAAGUUGAGAACACGGGAAAAUGCCCGUUCAUCCUGUUAAUUUGCUCACACAUACUGAGAAUCUGCCCAAACCCUCCGAGCCCACUUCUAGAAUAUCUGGUUUUGAAAUAUGGUAUUGUCUUUUGAAAAUGAUUUUAGAUUGUUUCGAUUGCAAACACUAUUUUGAAAGAACGAGAGUUUUGAAAUAGUGAAGGGGAACCAGAGCUAAAGUACAAUGUGUCAUCCAUAGAAGGAUUGUUUAAUUUUCCUAUUAAAAUACAAAGGAAGGAGCAUUGCCUGGCAUUGCAUGAUAAGACCAUGUGCCGACUAGCUGCUGAUUGUUAGUGCCAUGAAUGAGGGCCAUUUUGGCCCCUAAUUGGUGAUGACAAUGGCAAUCCGCUCACAGCCUCAGCCUAGUUUUGGUGAAAGUGUGUUGGUAUAAGGAAGUUGUAUGUCCUCAUUCCUGAGCCCAGGGGCAUGUAUUUGUCAAUAUCUACAUCACAAGGGGGUAUAUUUACUAAACAAUGAGCUGUGGUAGCUUCAUUAGUGAGAAUAUUCAGGAAAUGUCUGGGCUUUCUGCUGGAGCCAGAAUAACUGGGUGCUGACAAAAAAAAUUGCAGAGUUUGGUCCAUAACAGCAGGAAAGAACAAUUAUUAAUCUUAGCUUUUAUUCCAUCUCAACUAUUUAUUGGGGAAGGGUUCAGAAUCAGUGAAUAUUGUAAAGCGCUGCGGAAUUAGCUGGCGCUAUAUAAAUACAUAUAAUAAUAAUAAUCUAGAUUGGUAGUCUUUUGACUAGUUGCAGGGGAAGUCAACCUUCGGCACAUCAGAUAUUGUGAACUACAUCUCUCAUAAUGCUUUUACACCCAUAAUGCUGGCGAAGAUAUAUAAUGCCUUGAUUAGUUUCACAGUGAAAUGGAUGUACGCAGGCCCUGUGCAUGUAUCUUCAGAAGGAUAUUGAUACUUUAGAGAGGGUUCAGAGAAGGGCUACUAAACUGGUUCAUGGAUUGCAGGAUAAAACUUACCAGGAAAGGUUAAAGGAUCUUAACAUGAAUAGCUUGGAGGAAAGACGAGACAGGGGGGAUAUGAUUGAAACAUUUAAAUAUAUAAAGGGAAUCAACACAGUAAAGGAGGAGACUAUAUUUAAAAGAAGAAAAACUACCACAACAAGAGGACAUAGUCUUAAAUUAGAGGGACAAAGGUUUAAAAAUAAUAUCAGGAAGUAUUACUUUACUGAGAGGGUAGUGGAUGCAUGGAAUAGCCUUCCAGCUGAAGUGGUAGAGGUUAACACAGUAAAGGAGUUUAAGCAUGCAUGGGAUAGGCAUAAGGCUAUCCUAACUAUAAGAUAUAAGGCCAGAGACUAAUGAAAGUAUUUAGAAAAUUGGGCAGACUAGAUGGGCCGAAUGGUUUUUAUCUGCCGUCACAUUCUAUGUUUCAUGGCGUCACGUAAUGUUAUGUAACCUGCACAGACUAUUGCACUAGCAUCCUGAAGCUCACCACAAUAGUAUCUGUCUUUACUAAUACACUAAGUAAGUUACGAAAGAGAUCAGAGAAAGACAUUGAGAUGUGUAUGUAAAUAUAUCUGUAAAACCUACAGUAAAAAUUAUACCAUAGAGACUGCUUACCAUGAGGUCUGCCGGGCCCACCAUCUAUUCCUGGACACAUAUCAAUUAUACAUAUUGAUGGUGAGCAAUACUGAGUGUAUUAAUUAUAUAUUAAUUCAGUGACCAUAACCCAUUCUGGUAUUAGGUAUAUAGUAAUUCAGUGAUUAUAACCCAUUCUGAGUGUAUUAAAGGGACACUAUAGUCACCUGAACAACUUUAGCUUAAUGAAGCAGUUUGGGUGUAUAGAACAUGCCCCUGCAGCCUCACUGCUCAAUCCUCUGCCAUUUAGGAGUUAAAUCCCUUUGUUUAUGAACCCUAGUCACACCUCCCUGCAUGUGACUUGCACAGCCUUCCAUAAACACUUCCUGUAAAGAGAGUCCUGUUUAGGCUUUCUUUAUUGCAAGUUCUGUUUAAUUAAGAUUUUCUUAUCCCCUCCUAUGUUAAUAGCUUGCUAGACCCUGCAAGAGCCUCCUGUAUGGGAUUAAAGUUCAAUUUAGAGAUUGAGAUACAAUUAUUUAAGGUAAAUUACAUCUGUUUGAAAGUGAAACCAGUUUUUUUUUUCAUGCAGGCUCUGUCAAUCAUAGCCAGGGGAGGUGUGGCUAGGGCUGCAUAAACAGAAACAAAGUGAUUUAACUCCUAAAUGACAGUGAAUUGAGCAGUGACAUUGCAGGGGAAUGAUCUAUACACUAAAACUGUUUUAUUUAGCUAAAGUAAUUUAGGUGACUAUAGUGUUCCUUUAAGUAUAUAGUAAUUCGGUGACCGUAACCCAUUCUGAGUGUAUUGGGGGGGUAUGUUUAUUAAUAACGCUCUCCUCACGCGCUGUGGUAACUGUAUUAUUUUUAUUGAUAUAUAUUGCAAUCUAUGACACGUUCUCGCUGUGUGGUUUAUGCUGCAGGAGGGGAUCAUUGAUGAAUUGUACUGCGCUGCAGACUCUGUUGGCGCUUUAUAAAUAAUAAUAAUGAAAUGGUGUGUACAGGGGGGCAGCACUCUUCCUGCCCUGCCCACCCCCAUGCUGGAGACACUCAGGGCUAUUCUCAGACAAGCUGCAGUGACAGCACAGCUGGCAGAGGAUGUGAAUAGCCCUGUGUGUCCUGCAGCCUGGGACACCACAACCACCUCCUCUAUCUCAGGGAGACUAAACCAUCCACUGACAGCCUCAGACUGAUGGGCCUUGCAGUCUGUACAAGUUGCCAUGGUAACACUCCAGUCACGUGACUCCCUCUGAUUGUUACUUUGCUGAUAAAGUUCUCCUAUUCAAAAUCCAAGCCUUCCGCGCUCUUUUCUCGUCACGAGUUCGCGCGAGGCCCCGUUGCUAGGCAGGAAACGCACGGCCCGUUGCUAGGGAGGGAGCGCGCGCGCGCCCAGAGACCGCUGGGAGUUGCGUGGAUCGUGUUGACGUCAUCCUCUCGCGGUGCUUUGCGCUCGGUGUGAGGAGGAGGAAGCGGGAGACACCGGAAGGAGGAGCCGGGGAAACACCGAACACGAGGCCGGGCACCGAGCGAUCUCCCCGCUGCCCAGGGACCGCCCGACACCGCGCCAGGUGAGGGAGACACCGAGUGAGGCCGGGGCCCCGGAACCACGUCACAGCUUCCGGUAAUGUACCGACCUGGGGGCCGGAAACACGUCAUAACCGGGUGUUAUACCAGGGGCCCUCACUGUAACCCCCAGCCCGGCCUAAGGGGCCCCUCACUGUAACCCCCAGCCCGGCCUAAGGGGCCCCCCACUGUAACCCCCAGCCCGGCCUAAGGGGCCCCCCACUGUAACCCCCAGCCCGGCCUAAGGGGCCCCCCACUGUAACCCCCAGCCCGGCCUAAGGGGCCCCCCACUGUAACCCCCAGCCCGGCCUAAGGGGCCCCCCACUGUAACCCCCAGCCCGGCCUAAGGGGCCCCCCACUGUAACCCCCAGCCCGGCCUAAGGGGCCCCCCACUGUAACCCCCAGCCCGGCCUAAGGGGCCCCCCACUGUAACCCCCAGCCCGGCCUAAGGGGCCCCCCACUGUAACCCCCAGCCCGGCCUAAGGGGCCCCCCACUGUAACCCCCAGCCCGGCCUAAGGGGCCCCCCACUGUAACCCCCAGCCCGGCCUAAGGGGCCCCCCACUGUAACCCCCAGCCCGGCCUAGGGGCCCCCCACUGUAACCCCCAGCCCGGCCUGGGGGCCCCUCACUGUAACCCCUGCCCAGCCUAAGGGACCCCUCACUGUAACCCCAGCCUGGGGCCUUCACUGUAACCCCAGCCCGGCCUAAGGGGCCCCCCCACUGUAACCCCAGCCCGGCCUAAGGGGCCCCCCCACUGUAACCCCAGCCCGGCCUAAGGGGCCCCCCACUGUAACCCCAGCCCGGCCUAAGGGGCCCCCCACUGUAACCCCAGCCCGGCCUAAGGGGCCCCCCACUGUAACCCCAGCCCGGCCUAAGGGGCCCCUCAGCGCGAACACAGGUUAGGGCCAGGCUGGUGCCCUCAGCGCGAGCACAGGUCCCUCACGUUGGGACUCACACUGUAGGUAAUAUACACACGGUCUGGCCAGGCAGGGACCCUCACGCUGUAGGUAAUAUACACAUGAUCCGGCCAUUACUGUGAUAGGAUGCCACAUUCGCAGUUGGUGAAAUUUCAUCCCAGAUACUCCAGUUAACUGUAUUGUAAAGUGGAAGUGUUUAGCAAUAGCCGUAAUGUAAAGCCAGAGCGGGGUCACAAAAUGCUGAGGUGUGUAAAAGUCGCCCAUGCUCAGCUGAUUCCAUAACUGAAAAAUUCCAAACUUCUGUUUUCAUUAUCUGCAGAAAAACCUGUGAGGUGGGAGCUGCAUGGAAUGAAUUUCCAUGGCUGAGCAGCUGUGUUCAAGCCUCACAAAACCUUGCUGUCAAGUACAAUGUCAAGCUUUGGAUUAGGUAGUGUAAAGCACACAACCUUUGGACUCUAGAGCAGUGGAAACGUCUUCUGUGGAGUGAAGAAUCACCCUUCUCUGGCAGUCUAAUGGACAAGUCUGGAUUUUGUGAAUGUCAGGAGAAUGUUCCCUACCUGACUGCAGUGUGCCAACUGUACAGUUUGUUGUCGGAGGGAUAAUGGUAUAUGGCUGUUUUUCAUAGUGUGUGUAUAUACACAGCACGGGCAAGCUGGGGCCCUCACACUGUAGGUAAUAUAUACACAGCACGGCCAUGCUGGUGCUCUCACGCUGUAGGUAAUAUAUACACAGCAUGGGCAAGCUGGGGCCCUCACGCUGUAGGUAAUAUAUACACAGUACGGCCAUGCUGGGGCCCUCACGCUGUAGGUAAUAUAUAUAGUAUGGCAAUGCUGGGGCCCUCACGCUGUAGGUAAUAUAUACACAGUACGGCCAUGCUGGGGCCUUCACAAUGUAGGUAAUAUAUACACAGUACGGCCAUGCUGGGGCCUUCACAAUGUAGGUAAUGUAUACACAGUAUGGCCAUGCUGGGAUCCUCACGCGGUAGGUGAUAUAUACACAGUACGACUAUGCUGGGAUCCUCACGCUGUAGGUAAUAUAUACACAGUACGGCCAUGCUGGGAUCCUCACGCGGUAGGUAACAUAUACACGGUACGGCUAUGCGGGGGGCCCUUACGCUGUUGGUAACAUAUACACGGUACGGCUAUGCGGGGGGCCCUUACGCUGUUGGUAACAUAUACACAGUACGGCCAUGCUGGGGCCUUCACGCUGUUGGUAAUAUAUACACAGUACGGCCGUGCUGGGGGCCUCAUGCUGUAGGUAAUGUGUAUACACACAAUACGGCCAUGUGGGGGCCCUUACGCUGUAGCUAACGUAUACACAGUACGUCCAUGCUGGGAUCCUCACGCGGUAGGUAAUAUAUACACAGUACGGCCAUGCUGGGAUCCUCACGCGGUAGGUAAUAUAUACACAGUACGGCCAUGCUGGGUUCCUCACGCGGUAGGUAAUAUAUACACAGUACGGCCAUGCUGGGAUCCUCACGCGGUAGGUAAUAUAUACACACAAUACGGCCAUGUGGGGGCCCUUACGCUGUAGGUAACAUAUACACAGUACAGCCAUGCUGGGAUCCUCACGCUCUAGGUAAUUUAUACACAGUACGGCCAUGCUGGGAUCCUCACGCGGUAGGUAAUAUAUACACAGUACGGCCAUGCGGGGCCCCUUACGCUGUAGGUAACAUAUACACAGUACGGCCAUACUAGGGCCUUCACGCUGUAGGUUAUAUAUACACGGUAUGGCUAUGCUGGGGCCCUCAUUCUGUAGGUAAUAUAAUAUACAGUACGGCCAUGGGUUAUAUAAUACGGUACUGCCAGUCGUGGACCCUCAGAGUAUGUAUCUGAUGUAUACACUGGAAUGCCAAACUGAGGCCUUCAGAAUGUAUGCAAACCUGGAAGAUUAAAGUGGACUGAUCAUAAAAUUUCAUCUAAACGUGUUGGAAAAUGUGCAGACUUCCAGAAAAGUCCAUAGAAAGAUAUGGUUUCUUGUCAAGUCUCAGUGGAUUAUACUAUGAACUCUGUUACAAAAGGAGGUCAGAAGAACUCUAUUGUCAUUUCUACUGCAUUGUGACAGUAACUACAGUGCAUGUGCUGCUGUUAAUAUUACUUUAGCAGGAGGCAACUUGCUUCCUGCUAGGGCAGGACAAAUACGUGACAAAUCUAUCCAGUUAAAGGGACACUGUUAACUGCUUUAUCUUAUUGAAAUGGUUGAAGUCCCCCGGUGCAGUCCUUUUUACCGUUAAACAAUUUGUAAUUGUUUAAUGCUAAACGAAUCCCCAACAGCUCAUUUCUUCUGUACCGAUUAGGCCAUUGAGGAAGCAUGUAAGAGUGUAAUCUCUGAGGAGGCCAUGCUAUGGGUGGCCAGAACCAUUACUCUGCUUUAAAGCUAAACAAAAGGCACCAAAACAACUUUAAAGGACCACUAUAGGCACCCAGACCACUUCAGCUUAAUUAAGUGGUCUGGGUGCCAGGUCCAGCUAGUGUUAACGAGUAUGUUUUCCUGGCACUAUAGUGGUCCUUUAACUUAAUGAAGCAGGCUUGGUGUAUAGAUCAUGCCACUGCAAUCUCGCUGCUCAGGUCUAUGCCAUUUUGGACUGCAAUCACUUUUGUUUAGGCAGCUGUAGUAUGUGUGUGUGUGUGUUGCAGUCACUACUGCCAGGGGAAGUGAAUAACAUUGCUAAUAGGGUGGGCUAUAGUAGGCAGCAAGUAAACAGUCAGUUCUUGCAUUUCAUGGGCAAGCGAAAAGGUCUGAGUGACUGACAUGGGUCAAAUGGUGAUGGCUAGGAUGCUGGAUCAAAGCAUCUCCAAAACAGCAAGUCUUGGGGAUGUUCCUGGUAUGCAGUGGUUAGUACCUACCAAAAGUGGUGCAAGGACACUGGCCCUCAAGGCUGAUGCACAUGGGGAGAGAAAACUAACCAGUCUGGUCCAGUCACACAGAAGAUAAACUGUAGCUCAAAUUGCUGUAAAGAUUAAUGCUGGCAAUGAUAGACAGGGUUCAGAAUACACAGUGCGUUAGUUUGCUGCAUAGCUGAGACUGGUCUGAGUGCCUGUGAUGACCCCUGUAAACUGCCAAAGCACUUUCAAUGGUGACGUGAGCAUCAGUGCUGGACCAUGCAGCAAUGAAAGUUUACCUGGUCUGAUGAAUCAGGUUUUGUGGAUGUUACUUUGACACAUAGCGUCUACCUAGAGAUUGUUGCAGACCACUUAUGCCCCUUCAUGGCAAUGGUGUCGAUGGCAGGAUAAUGCACUUUGCCACACACUAAAACUAUUUUUCGGGAAUGGUUUGAUGAACAUGACCGUUCAUAGUAUUGCCAAUAUUCAAAAAAAAAAAGAUAUACAAUAAACACACACACCAAAAGUUGCUCAACAUUUUGUGUGUGUUUAUUGUAUAUCUCUUUUUUUUUCUCGCAGAUUUAGGCUGGUACUUUAAAAAAAAUAAAAUAAUAAUCUCAAACUCCACUAUAGCCACGGCUAGUCUUUUUUAGUUUAGAUUUUCAAAGUUUUUUCUGAAUUAACAUGGCCCCAGGAUCACAAAGUUCAGUGUGGACAUGUACAUAAUGUGUUCCCUGAUUAAAUCACUGCUUAUGCUGAUAUUAUUACUCAUUACCCUUAAUGCUAAAUUAGGCAAAAAUCUCAGUGCACUACUUUAAGAAAGUUCCUGUUAUUUGGGGUGAUACAUUUCUAUGGAAAUGAUGUAACUUAAUGUGUACCCUAAUCUUUCCAUUUGUGAUAAAAAUAAAAUUCCCCCACCCCAGUUACCUUUACUUGUACACAUACAUUGCCCCGGUUCCUUGCAAGUAGAGACAUACACAAGGUAUGGUUUUAUCCUCCUGGAGCUGUCAUUACAGGGUGGAAUUACCUGAUGUGCGUGAGUAUUCCUAUCAAUUUAAAAUGGAAUGUUUCUGUAAUGUAAAUAAACCGACCCGUGGCAAGUUCUUUUUAAAGGGACACAUUCCAAACAUGUAAAAUAGAAGAAAGCACCGUGUAACGAAUGAUAAAGAUUUAAUAAUUAAUUACGUGAUAUAUGUAUGUUCAAGAAACUCCAAACUGCUUACAGCUCAGUUACCCCAAUGCUACAGUUAAUUGGUCUUUGUAGCUUCCUUCAUAUGUCUUGUGAGGAUCUCAAUAGUAAGAUGCCAACUGUGUUACAUUUGGAUCAGAGAGCUCUACGGUUCCUCCUGGACAAAUUCAGGGAUUUUCCUGUAGAAGUAAACUUUGUAAUGCCCCUGGGUGCUGAGUGUCCUUCAGUUGCCAGUGACAUGUGGCUACUUCAGAAGCUAGAAGUCGACCCCCCAACCAUUCAUUCAUAUAAAUAUGCACAAAUCCAUAUUUGCCACUCUGAACUCUUGGUCCUGGCUGGCUAAUGCUGUAGGUGGAGCUACACCUCCAGCAGCAAAUUGGUUAAACUUUGUAUAUGCAGGGUGAACCAGUGCAGAUACAGACACCAUGACCACUUCAAAUCACUGAGAUUGCCAGUGUUUGGCAAAUCCCUUUAAAAGGAAUCGGGUGUCAAUGUUUGUUCCACGAGGACAAUAUGCUAACUACACUAGAAUCAUGUUUUGGACUUGCACAGGCUGAGGUGUGCGGAGUCAUAAUGUUGUUGAAAGUGCAGUUUUCUUAGCUGGAGGCCAGAGACAGGCUUGCUGAUAAUGUCAGCUGCUAGAGGCAUUGUGUAAGCUCAGGCGUCACAGCUGGAUUCCAUGACUGUGUGUGGUUUGCGAUUUGUAGCACAGUGUGCGCGUGCAGUCCUAGCUCUGAUCGCUAACUGGUACGGUCACUUUUCCUCUAUAAAAGAUUAGAUUUGAGUCCCUACAUUGCACCUCUUAACCCUUUUCAUGGCAGUUCUGCAAUUUGGGACUUGAUUUCUCUCCAAAGCCCACCUUCAUACAUAUACUUCAUGAAGACCCUUUUCCUGUUUCUGUUUGUUGCAUCCUGAGGAACAAUGUGUCAAAGCAUUGAGGAUGGAUCGUCUGGCCAAUUGUUCCAGUGUUCAUUUUCUCUGCUUUGGAAUUUGAUUGCAUUAAAAUACUUUGAAAGAGCUGGUGAUAGUCGGAUAACCAUCCACCAGUACCUUAUGGAUUUGUUCUACGUAUAGGGGAUACAUACAUGUGGCUUCAGUGUCUUGGAUACUACAUGUUAUCUGUGCAUGGCAUUACAUAUGUUUGAGGUCUUGUUUUGGUAGGAAGUAAUCUCCAGUAUUUCAUUGUAUUCCAAGGAAGGGUUGUGUAGCACUGAGGUCUAUGUAGUGAUUAAGUUUGGGAAAGUAGCAGAUUGCGCCCAAGACCUGUUAUAACGAGACGGCUCUGGAUUAAUUCUUGUCGGGCUGAUUUUUUUUUUUUUGCUGUAGGAAAAGGGAUUAUUACACCAUGUGAUUUUUGUGCUGCAGUUAUCUGCCUCUGUCCCCUCUCAGGCUUUUUCCUAAUUUCUAACCUCUUUCCAUGCUCUUAUCUUGGAGUCUCUUGAUAAUUUUAACCAGUCAACACUGUAAAUUACACUAUAUGCAGACUAUUUCCUCAUCUGGAAUACAAAGCCUCUGCUUUCCAUGUAGAGGAAUAAAGAGUUUUAUCUUACGGCAUUAUAUUGCAGAAGCAGAAUCUGUUGCGAAGUGACAUUGAAACCUCUGCCUUAUUUGUCUUGUUUUAAAUGAGCUUUGUCUGUAAAAUUCUAUUCUACUGAUUGUUGUUGUGGCUUGUUCCUGGGAGAUGCUAUGUAAGUGGUGGCUUGUGUUCCACUAGGAAGUAAUGCCAGUAUACAGUUUGUCUUCUAUAUGUGGAAUGCUGGUUAUGGUAUUGAACAUGGCAUUUCAUUGUCACAGGGAUAGGCAGAGGUUAUGGACCACAUCUCAUUAAUGCUCAUACAGCCAUAUUGCUGGCAAAGCAUCAUGGAAGAUGCAGUCCACAACAUCUGAAGUGCUGAAGGUAGCCUACCCCUGGUAGAAAAUGGUCUUUAAUUGUGUUACUUUGUAAAUACUUAGUAGAAACUGUAUCCUUUCUGAUAAAACACCUACCAGCUUAUUCACUAAACCUAAAGUCUUCAGCGCUUGUAAAUUAUACUUGGGGACUCUGUGGCCUUUUCGUGGAUUGUAGGGUCUGAAUGGAUUCUGCUGCAGUAUUCUGUGUUUAAAUAGCCAGCGAAGGCCUUAGUCUGUUACUGCAUCAGGAGAUAGAGCUGCCUUUAAUGUCUGUCUUGUGGAAGGUAUGGUGUGACCACAUUAAAAUCGCACAGUCCUGUAACAAUCUGACUUUGCCCUUCAGGAGUCCUGAUUGUACAGAAAGUAUAAGCUUAUUAAUGUGUUUUAAAAAAUUUUUUAUUUUAGUUUUAUUUUUUCCCCUCCCGAUAACGUGACACAAUCUUUGUUUUGGAUUGGAAUUUCAAUCAUAAAACGAUAAAGCUUAUUUACUGUAGUGACCAUGUGUCUCUGCAAUACUGGCUGUUAGGGUUAGAGAACGUUUUAAAUGAUUAAAAGAAAAAUAAAAAUGUUAAAUUCCCAAACAAAAAAAUAAAAUCUACUUCUCCAAGGGAUUGGUAGCCCAAUCUAAUUGUCAUGACAAUUUUGAGACUAGUUUGCUUUAAAAAGUAAAAAUAUAUAAAAAUAUGUCUAUCUCUCUAACUGAAUACCUACUCUAAUUUUACCAUGCUUAAUUGCCAUGGCAGCAGUUGUUUGCUUGGCUACCUCAUAAAACAGGGUUACUGUACAUAAACCUGUACCUGUCACAGAACCAAAAUACCCUAAAACCAGUACAGGUGCUACGGGGUUAAGCUGCCAUUUUCAAGAAGUCUGAAUCUAGUAUACAUUAUAGGAAGGGUCUUAAGGCAGUUUAAAGCUUCAUAAGUCUCCAGGCGAUUUCCUUUAAUGUGAGCUUAAUGGUGUCUGAGGAAUUGAAGCUAAAGCUAUUAAAAACUUGUACCCUCAGGUUAGAGGCUCAUCAGCGAAGAGCCAUGACAGAAAUUAGUGACCUGGACCGUCAGAUUGAGCAGCUGAGACGCUGUGAGCUCAUCAAGGAAAGUGAAGUGAAAGCUCUUUGUGCCAAGGCCCGGUGAGUGCCGAACCAUUAACCCUUCAUUAGGAAGCCUGUGUCAUGUUAUUUCAGAAAUGUGGCAUGUAUCACUGUUUGUAACAUCUGAAUGCUGUGCAAUCUGUCAGUUUGUCUUACAGUUUCCCCCCCCCCCCCCCCCUUUUCUCUCAGUGAAAUUUUAGUGGAAGAAAGUAACGUCCAGAGGGUUGAUUCUCCUGUUACGGUACGUUGGCUGCUCAAAUGCACUUGUAUCAAUUUAAAAUUUGAGAUUCCCUUUGUCCUGGCUAAUGCAUUUGCUGUUUUCCACGUGAUUUUUAGGUAUAUCCUAUAUAUUUUCAUUUUCCUCCUCUUUAAAGAGACUGCUUCCUUUCAAUGAAGUGGUCUGGUUACAGUAGCUCUUUAGUUUUAACCCUGCAAUGUAAAAGAACUUGUCCUUUAGUGCAUACAGCAAUGUUAUGAUGCAGGGAUAACUUCUUGUUCCAGUCUUCCUGACAGCCACUUGUAGCACUUUCCUUCUGAAAACAGUCAAACUUCGUUCUCAAUCAAAUACCGCCCAUUAAGAGGAAUUGAUUGAAGUGUGCCAUUUUGCUGUGCAUUCGCACUAGUCUCGCAACAUUUAUCUAUGACAAAGCAUUGGGUUGGCUGAAAUCAGCAAGAUUGAUAGUUUCCAAGGAGAUGGAGUGGACUGAGACCAUUGCUCUACUUAAUUUAGGGUUGUCCAAUAAUCUAACAAGGCACCAGGACUGUAUAGUGUUAGGAAUACAUGUUUGUAUUCCUUACUCUAUAUAGUGUUUCUUAAAACGUUUUAUUGAGCAUCAUACAGUUGUACAUAUGAGUCACACCAUAAAUUACGGGUUGGUAGGGUGUGUUUGACAUCUAGUACCUUGCAUGGUCAGACGGUGAAUAGUCAAAGAUGUCAAAAAGGAAAAUAAAACUGUAACAAAAUAUCAUAUUCUUAUGCUGCCCUAUCCUGUUUCCAUCACUCUAAAGUGUUUGCUGAAAUAUACAGGUUCUACUCUGAUCCAAUUAUUGCAAAUACAAAAUGCAUGAGGUACCAAACGUCAGAUCAUUGUCCUUUAAAAGCUUCUUCCUGGAGACACUGAAUUAUUGGCUCCUUUGAUUGUGGAGAUGCUUGAUCUACAGUGCAGAAAAGCAUAUUGUUUCGUUAUACUAUAGAUGAGAUGUGUGUUCACUGUGUGUUCUGCUUUCCGGUAGGUGUGUGGGGAUAUCCAUGGCCAGUUCUAUGACCUCAAGGAAUUGUUCAGGGUGAGUGCUUGUGUUUUUGUGUUUGUUUACAAUAUUAGGAUUCCUUUGUUCAAAGAUGAGACCAAAAAGGUAUCUGCAAAAUAAGAUCUUAAAAAUAAAAAAUAUGUCAUAUUAUUCUACAUGCAUUGUUACUAUGACCCUCCCUUCCGAUUUGAAAGCGUGAAUGCCUACUAAUUAACCAAUAUUUAUGUGAGGGAGCUUUUGUUCAAGAGCUUGUCAAAUCCAGGUUGCCACUGCAACACAUGGUAUAGAGCUGUCUCCUUGUUGGCCAGUGAAGACCUUCCCCAUAUCUGUGUGCCGAUUCACGGGGUCCUGAUUCCAAGCCAGCCAAGAAUGAUGCUGUACAGGAGAGCAGAGAGUGGAUCCUAGAAAUGUCUAUCGCAGCCAGCUCCUUUAUUAAUAUCGUAUUCCAUCUCUAUCCUCUCCUUAUGCCAGAGGCAAUCUGCAGAAAAGGGAAGAAUUCUUAUAUUUUCAUUUUUUUUUCCUCCCUUUUAAUUUUUUUUUUUUAUAUAUAUAUAGAUUUUUUUUUUAUAUUUUUGUGUCUAAAUAUAACAAUCCUUUUGUACUUUUAUGUAAUUGUGUAGCUGCUAUGUAUAGUAUGUCUUACUUAAAUGUUAGUCAAGUCCUUUUAACUACUCAAGUCUCCUUAUCAUAGGUGGGAGGCGAUGUGCCAGAAACAAAUUACCUGUUCAUGGGUGACUUUGUUGACCGAGGAUUUUACAGCGUCGAAACAUUCCUUCUACUUCUAGCAUUAAAGGUGGGUAUUGGGCCACUGAGCAUGUGUCCGAGAUCUGCCUUAAGGAAAACAGAGCAGUAAAUGCUUCUGGUGAGACUCGAGACAGUUUUGGAGAUAAAGGGAUUGGUCUCCAUAUUUAUAUGAAAUGAUUUCCAAGCUCAACAUGGUGCUGUUUUUUUACAGGUCCGCUACCCUGAUCGUAUUACAUUAAUCCGAGGGAACCAUGAGAGUCGGCAGAUCACUCAGGUGUACGGAUUCUAUGAUGAGUGUCUUCGCAAGUAUGGCUCAGUGACAGUCUGGCGGUAUUGUACAGAGAUCUUUGACUACCUCAGUCUAUCAGCAAUUAUUGAUGGGAAGGUGAGGAUUAUUGACAGGGAGGUAACUGGAAUAAAAUGAGAGUAUUGUGAGGAAACUGUUUGAGAUCUGAAAUAACAUAUGAGUUGGAGUGGUUAAUGUCAACAUAGUGAAGAAUAUAAAAUGGUUUUGGGGGAAGGCUCUUGAUGGAAAAUGAAUUUUUACCUAUACAAUGCUUAGUGAAUAUUCCCCUAGAUAUACAGAGCUAUACAUAUAUGCAUUAACCUAUAGAUGUAUUGCAUACUGAGACAUGGAUUUAAUAACAUCUAUUAUCCUGUAUCUACAAAUACCAGGACAGGUCUUCCUCGAUGGUUUGUGGUGGGAGGGUGUCAAAGGGAAUAGAAGUGAAGCGCUAGUUAAAGGCCCACAGGUGUAAUUAGUACAUCUGGAGAUACCUUGCCUAACUCACCUGCCGUACCAGAGAAAAGUGGUCUUGUCAUAGAUACAGGUAAAUAAAGGGUUAAAUGCGCAUUUUUUAAAUAUACCAUAUUUUUCUGUUGAGAGCCUGACACUAGAUUCCACUAUCGUGUAUAAACAUCCUGCUGUUGGAAAACAUAACAUUCUCUCUAAGCACCUGAAACUUUUAAUUGUGUUCCUAAAUCAAAAACUGCCAUGUAAAUCAGUUAUUGCCUUAGUUAAGUCUUUCCAUGUCUGCAGGGGUUAAAAGCAAGAAUUUCUCAUGGCUAUAAUUUGCUAAAGCAGCAACCUGUUUUUUCACAGCGCAAGCUGACAGAGGAACUGACCCUGCAUAGUUUAGAGAAAACGUGCUAGACAUGCGCAGUAGAUUUUGUGUAAUAUGUAAUGUUAUAUGAAACUUUUUUGCACUUAAUUUUUUCUUGAACUUCAUCAUGACUGGUGUACAUUAAUCGUUUUCUGCCUUGAACAUGCAAAAAGAUUAAGGAAAGCAGAAUGUGUUAACUGCAUAAGUCCAUGGGUUACAGACACUGUAAACUUUUUAAGCCUAAUUGCUCUCCCAAAAUACUUUUGUUUCCUGUUUUUACCAGUGCACUUGGUUUCUCAUAUUAAAUGCUUGACUGGUGAGUGGAUGCAAUUUGUAACUUGUUACUUCCUUUCCCCCAUCAGAUCUUUUGUGUACAUGGUGGUCUCUCACCUUCCAUCCAAACUCUGGAUCAGAUCCGCACCAUUGACCGUAAGCAAGAAGUGCCUCAUGAUGGACCCAUGUGUGACUUGCUGUGGUCUGAUCCAGAAGGUAAAAGAAAAAAAUCUUAUGUAGAUACUAUUGAUUGCUUUACUGGAAUAUACACUGGCUUUCUCUUCUUUUGCAAUAACCAGAUGGCUGUAGUGAAUUUAUCAUAUUUUUUUACACAGAUACGACUGGCUGGGGGGUCAGCCCGCGUGGAGCAGGAUACCUGUUUGGCAGUGACGUGGUGGCACAGUUCAAUGCGGCAAAUAACAUCGAUAUGAUUUGCCGGGCGCAUCAGCUUGUCAUGGAGGGUUACAAGUGGCACUUCAAUGAGACUGUCUUAACAGUGUGGUCUGCUCCAAACUACUGUUACAGGUAUGGUCUUCCCUAUCCUAGUAACUACCUUCAAUGACUCCUCUACUGGGCUGCUCUCACACUUUUCUUCUUACUCUAGAUGUGGAAAUGUAGCUGCCAUACUGGAGCUAGAUGAACACCUACAGAAAGAGUUCAUCAUUUUUGAGGCUGCGCCCCAGGAGACUAGAGGCAUUCCCUCCAAGAAACCUGUGGCGGACUACUUCCUGUGA